GCAUACGAACCACAGCUCGCCUGGCCGACAGAAGCUCUAAUACCUCGAAGCGCCAAUUCCUACCUAAUUAUAAUCGCCAUUCAAACGAAUAAACCAACCUAUUCGACCUUGCCAACACGACUUAGAAACUGUCGCGUAAGAAAAAGAGCCAUCCCCCAAGAGCCGCGCGCUCAAGGUAUCACACACAACCAGGAGGAGAGCAUGAACAACUACGCCAGCAGCGCCAUGAACGACUACAACGCAUCAGCGCGGCCGGGCUCCGCAAGACCAGGCUCGCGCUGGGCACCACCAGUGCGCAACCCGGAAACCGCAGAACCAUGGGAUCAAAUCAGCGACGAACACCGGAACGAAAUUAACGAUUGCUUCCACCUCUUCGACAUGAACAAAGACGACCACCUCGACUUCAGCGAAUUCCGCUACGCCCUCCAAGCCCUGGGCUUCUCGAACCUAUCCCGCGCCGACCUAAUCGCCUCCUUCAAAAGCGCCGCGCGUCCACGCGCAGGCUGGACACCUCUCCCAUCCCUGCCCAACCAACCCCCGCCCCAACCAACACCCGGCGUAGUCGAUCUCCGCCUCUCGCGCGAAGCUUUCCAAGCCCUAGCCGCCAGACACGUAGCCUCCAGAGACCCGCGCGAAGAGCUUCUAAAGACAUUCUCGCUAUUCGAUCGCGGAGCUAAGGGUUUAGUAACCGUCGAUGAUUUACGCGCCGUUGUCAAAGAACUCGGCGAGGACGUACCGGAUAACGAGCUCCGCGGUAUGAUUGAGCAAUUCGAUGUCGAAGGGAAGGGAGGCGUGAGCCGUGAGGAGUUUCUAGGGAUUUUCCUGGAUAGGUGACCACGUAUAACCGCAACGGCAUUGUGAAGGCAAUGUGAAAACAACCAGCUCCGCGGUGUGUUUAAGCGGCAAGUGAGAUAGAGUAUGUCUACCUCGCUUCGCUUCGCUGGCCUCGGGGAGGAGAUGGAAGGAAGUAGGGGAGUAUAACUACUCCGAUCCCUUCCAUCUGUCCUAUACUCGAGCCCGAGGGAUGAAGAAAGGGG